UGCAUUUCUGCCAGCUGAGUAUCAUUCAUUCGUCUUUCCAUCAGCGGUCUGUUCGUUCGUUUGGCUCUUCAUCAAAUUCGAAAUGGGGUUAUGAAAGCAUCGGUGCUGAAGACGAAGACCGUAGCUUCGCGUGUCUGCCGGCUCUUUGUGCUGAGUGGCCGUUUGGUCAUUACCAAUGUCUUGCUGUGUCUGCGUAGCGGCGUGUGUGAAAAAGCAGAUGAAGAUCUGGUGACCCAGUAACACAGUGGGUAGUGGUGGACAUUGAAUUUGUAGCUUGUCUGAUACACUUAACAUAAUUUAUCGGAGCUGCCAUGUAUCGUAUAGUAGCGCAGUGUCUCCCACAGAGGCGCGUGCUUCUUCGCUCAUUAGAGGGAAUCCCUACAAACCCACCGCAAGGGGUCUUAUCUUCGUAUUCGUUGAAUGCCAUCUCAGACGAUCACCGACAAGCAAGAUGGCACAAAGCGAUCUCUAACGCUGAGAAAAUUGUAGGUACGUCGCAUUCUACCUUCACGGAAAAACUGCUAACGAGCGAGACGGGCGUGGGUGCAGCGAGUCAUCUUCGGAAGCUGCUCAAUACCACGCACCCUGUGAUCAAAACCAUCACGAACCUGACUCAACAUGGCCAGAAUACGCUGCAAACGCGAGGUUUGGUUGUAUUGCUGUUAUCUCGUUGCGCUGGCCAUAUCGAAGGAAGUCCUCAGGUGUUAAACGAGGAAUUCGAAGAGGCGUGUGUCUAUGGAGUAACGCAGCGUCAAAAAUCGAUGGCCGAAAUUGUCGAGAUGGUUUACACUUCACAUCUAAUCCAUCGUGACGUGUUAAACGUAUCUCGAGAACUGAUUACGGAUCCAUCCCUUCUUAACGAACUGCAAUACGGAAAUAAGAUUGCUAUACUCGUUGGAGACAUUCUUAUAGCUAACGCAUCUAAAAUGACUGCGGAACUCAAUGAUUGCAAGGUAUUGGAGUUAAUUGCAACUUCUAUCGGAGACUUUAUGAAAAGUGAAUUUGUGGUUCGUCACGAUUCUUUCGGAAAGCCCUACCCACCACCCUGUAUGGACUUAAAUGCCUGGGAGAAUCGUAUUUUCCUUAACACAGGUUCUCUUUUGGCCCAUGCGUGUCAAUCAGCGGUCAUUAUGGGAGGGCAUGGUGGAGCAGUUCAGCGUCGUGCUAAGGAGUUCGGUCGAAGUCUGGGUUUUGCGUGGCAGCUUCAUGAUGAGUUGGAACCUUUUGUCAAUCUCCUAGGCCAACCGAACGGUACUCCGUUCGAUUUGACGUCGUUCCCUGUUAUGCUACACCUGCAACGGAAUCCGCACAUCUAUGCUGCACUCGAAACCUCAGCGUUGGAAACCCACGACGCCAACCGCAUUGAUUACGCUGAUCUGUACACACAGAUUCUGAGCUCUGGGGUCGUCGAAGAGGCCCGUCAGCAGCUUCAUACAUAUGUCGACGUAUGCCUUGGUAAUAUCGAAGGAUUCGAUCAGUGCUAUCGAGCCAAACAGGCACUCGGAGAUGUUAUAAUAGCUCUGAAAUAGACUGUUCAGGCAAAUUCGGUAAACCGAAGCCUCUGCUUCCGAAUUACUGGAAGCGGCAGGUUCUGCAUUUUUUUUGAAGACGGUUAUAUAUAUAUAUAUAUAAUCUGUUGAAACAAGAUGUGUUUGUAUUGUACAGUUAGUUGUGAAACAUACGCUCGAGAAAAGCUCUGCAAACGAAAUGGAGAAACAGGAAGACUCUUUUGGCUGAAAGCCAUGAGUACAGUCAUGAGUUCAAUAGCACAUUUAUUGUGGAAAUUAUUCAGUGUACUCUUAAAUUCGAUCAUUGGAACCAGCUCAAGAUACUGAUUCUUGCUAUGCAUUUUGCAAACACACGGUUACUUUUUUCGAAUUUGAAUCUUUCUUCUGAAAAGUUUAAAUAUUUAUUUGAGGUUUUGUGCCUCGUCCUGUUAAUUAAGAGUGUAGGAAUAAAGACCUGCUCAGCCUUAAGAAUGUUAUUACUAGCUGACGCAAUUGUUGGUGUUAUACUUUUAAAGAUGCAAUUGCAGUCUUUAUUGAAAAGUUUGGCUAAAAGAUAUGAACCCUUUUGCCAAGUGUUACGAUAUUGUUGUUAAUGCAGUGAAAUAUUUUUCUUCCUGUGAAAGAAUACAUCCAUCCUUUCAAACGAGAUGUGACACAGAUUAAUUAUUUUUACCUAAUCCUUUCAUUGCGUGUGUGUUGCGGAUAGAAACAUCGAUAUGGAAGUGCGUACGUUUUAUGGCAUAAAAU